GCUUGGGCUUUACUGGUCUAUAAAGUUCAAUAAAAAAAACAUUAUCGAAGCAGUAAAACUUUUAUUUAUCCAUUAUUAAAGCAACUAAACCUGCUGUCUAAAUUAUCAAAUUAUUGUAUUUUAACAUAAUAAAAAAUGUUUGUCAAGGUGAAAUUGGAUUCCGACGAAAACUCGAGCGUGAAGCCCCAAAUGUUUGAAAUUGAACAAACUGCGAACGUUUUAGAUUUAAAAAUGAAACUGGAGGCUUUGGUGGGGCUCCCCUUAAGCCGGCUAGAGAUCCAAAACUUAUCCAGGAAUCUAGCAAAUGAUGAGAAUCUGUCGGAAUUGUUGCGGGUCAAGGAGCCUCGGGAUUCAAUAAUGAAAAUUAAUGGAUCAGCGUUUUCGCUAUUAAAUGGAAAGGCGUUUCUGGCGUUUUUGCAGUUUUACAAUCGUUCCGAGGGCGAUAGUCAGUUAAGCUUCCUAAACAGGCCAUCAGAUUCGAUGUUAUUGCCGGUCGAUCGCCUGCCCCAAUUUUGUGAAGUCUCGGAUUCUCAAGAUUCGACAAUUUCUAGCAUAUCGGACAAGACAAACACCAGUUUUGAAUCGGCCAGUACGAGCGCUAGUUCAGCGGGACGUAAAAGAAAGGCCAGACUUUCAGAUGAAGAAUCUGUUGCAAAAAGGAUAAGGAGCUCACCUUCCCCCAACGUGGUUAAAGUAGUUGCACAGAACGUGCUUUCUAAUAAUCAGGAUGGAAAGAUAUCUACUUUUAUCAAUUCGAAAGCCAUGAUUUAUGCCAAAUCCUGUAAAAAAGAGCCUUCAGUGACUACUGAAGAUUUCGACUACGAAGAGGAGCCAAAUCCUCAUUGCAAGGAUAAGAGGGACUGCUGCACGCAGAAUAAGUGUGGCAUGCCAGAUAAUCGACCACCUUACGCGAAAACCAUGCCGGAAAACCGUCGAUAUGGAUUGGUCAUCAGCAACGAUGAUAAAGACGCAGAAGGCGUGGACCAGGAGGCUCUAAUGCGACAGUUCUUUAAAUUGUUCGAAAACUGUGGAGUGCAUAAUUUGCACUUUAGUAGCUGUACAUCAGUGGCGAAGUUUUGCGUAAACCUUCUGGUAGUUUGCGAAGAUGACGAAACCGCAGACUGGGUCAUUAGUGCUGUUGAAGGCGUCUGCCCACCACAUACGUGCCUUCCUUUCAUCAAGUUCUUCCGUCUAAUAAGAUGUACGUUUGUUCUUCCGUUGAUCGUGCCUGGAAAACCUCUAUGUUCGAUUUUUGAUUUGCUUGAGAUGCAGAACUGCGGCAUAGUCACACACAAAUGGACCGUAAUCGGCCGUACAAUUCUCGAUCCCUGCCAGGAGGACUUCAACGAAAUGGCAGUAUCCUCUUUGUGCGACAAUGAACUAAUAGAACUUUAUAUAGACGAGGACAGUAAGGAAAUAAUAGAAAACCAAUGCUACAAACUAAAAUACUGCUUUUGGCGACUUAAAUUUGAUUUUGAGUGUUAGUACUUGAAAAAUUCUUAGUCUCCUUUCGAUAAACUACAAAAUCAUGUAACAGUUACGAUCGCACACUGUCUUGUGAGCUUCGCAACUUCGGGGAAUACGUUUAAAAUAUAUUUAUAAGAUUCGAUAAUAAGAGUAAUUUAUUGAAGUAGUUUUUGUUGAUUGCGCAUUGCGCAAAAGUGAAGCCGCUGAAUUGUUAAUAAAAAAAUAGCUUUUGCUGAGCCCAAAUAUUUGGAAAAACCUA